UCGCGCACCGAGUCAGGAAGUGAGUGGCGGAUGAAUACAUGUGCGCUUCUCGCCGAGCGCGUCCACAGCCAGAGCCGCAGCAGCGCGCGCAUCCCGAAGAGACCUGCUUUCAGUCUAGUCUGGAGAUUACCACGCUUUACUCCCUACAAACAUGGCUGACCAGUUAACAGAAGAGCAGAUCGCUGAGUUCAAGGAGGCUUUCUCCUUAUUCGACAAGGAUGGUGACGGCACCAUCACGACCAAAGAGCUGGGCACAGUCAUGCGGUCGCUGGGGCAGAACCCCACGGAGGCAGAGCUGCAGGACAUGAUCAAUGAGGUGGACGCUGAUGGAAAUGGAACCAUAGAUUUCCCAGAGUUCUUGACAAUGAUGGCCAGGAAAAUGAAGGACACAGACAGCGAGGAAGAGAUCCGCGAGGCUUUUCGGGUAUUUGACAAGGAUGGUAAUGGCUACAUCAGUGCUGCAGAGUUGCGUCACGUCAUGACAAACCUCGGCGAGAAGCUGACAGAUGAAGAGGUGGAUGAAAUGAUCAGAGAAGCAGACAUAGAUGGCGAUGGUCAGGUGAAUUAUGAAGAAUUUGUACAGAUGAUGACCGCAAAGUGAAGCCGACUCCUUCCGCCGUGCCCUCAUAGAAGAGAAAAAAAUCAGUCAAAUGUUUUACUUACCUCUUGGAAUCUUUUUUUUUUUUUUUUUUCAUGUUUCUUGUUUAAAAUUAAUUGAAUGUUAAAAUAAAGUAUCCUUCUGUCCACACAGAAAAUAAUGGGAAAAAAAAAGUCAAAUAUCUGCAUGAAAUGGUUAGUGAUCCUGUCCCCUAAGAUCGGCCUAGCAUCAGUUAUUCGAGAAAUUUAACCUGUAACCACCUUCAAACUGAAGAAGACCAGCAUUUGGUGAACUCCUUAAGUUCCAUCUGCUCUUGAUCAUGUUUGGGCUGGCCAUCCUCCUUCUGUUCUCUUGUUUUUCUGUUCUUCAUGCAUGCAGCUUGAGCCCGGAGCUCAUUCUCCAGCCAGUCAGCGCGAUCGGAGUCCACUGAAGUGUUGUAUUGUGGGGUUUUGUAAUUUAAGAGGAACCACGAGUAGAGAGAAAGCUUGUGAAUUCAAGUUUCCUGUGGAGUGGGGCUUUAAUGUAACGUGGGGGGAAAAAGGGGGAAAAAUCCAAAACAAGAACAAAAAAUUUUUCAAAAACCAAAAAAAGUUGGAAAUGUUUGGCAUGAUUUUGUUUAUUUUUGUCGAUUGUUUAUUUUUGUUUUGUGACUUUCUCUUCCUGGACGGCCGUCUCGCACCAGGAUGGAGAUGAGGAUGGGAUGGAGGGAUGUUGUGGGUGUUUGGAGGAGUGUGGCUGAGCCUUCACUUUUCUGUCCUGGGUUUCGGUGAAUUCUCCCCUGCACCGCUUCUGCUGCGGGAGUUUGCACUCCACUCUUCAGUUUGCAUUCAUUCCAAGUUGUACAUGCUACUGUUUUAAUAUUUUCUUCAAAUAAAGUGACCAUGUACUUUA